AUGGCGGCAUCUUUCAUUGACAAAUCUCUCUCUCUCUCUCUCUCUCUCUCUCUCUCUCUCUCUCUCUCCUCUUUUUUCUCCAUCUCCCACUUAUUUUAUUCUUUUUAUUUAUUUCCCUUCUGUCUACCGUUUCUCCUCUUUCAUUUUUCCCCCAGACUACUACUCUUUUACUUUUUCCCUUCUGUCUACCCCUUUUUCACUUUCAGUUUUCAUUCGAUCUCCCGCUUUUUCUCUUUUUUUAUCCCCCCCCCCCACACUGUCUUCUGCAUUUUUUACUUUUUUUAUUUGUCUCCGUCUACAGCUGUUUCUCUUUUUCUCUCACUCUGUCUAUUGUUUUUCCUCUUUUUUCCCCUCCGUCUACUGCUUUUUCUCUUCAAUCCCCCCCCCACCAUCGUAUUUUAUCUUUUUACCCUGUCUAUUGCUUCCCCCACCCCUUUUUUUUUCAUCCUACUUCUGCAUUUUCUCUUUUUUUCCCUCCGAUUCCUGCUUGUUUUUCUAUCGGCUCCCCAAACUAUUUUUUUCCUUUUUCCUCUGUCUCCUACUUUUCUUUUUUUUCUCUUUCUUCCGUCUCUUUUUUCCUCUUUCCGUCGUUUUUUUUUCCUCUUUCCUCCGUUUCCCUCAUUUUCUCUCUCAUUUUCUCUCUCUCUCUCUCUCUCUCUCUCUCUCUCUCUCUCUCUCUCUCUCUCUCUCUUCCGCUUUUUUUUAUUUUUCUCUUACCGUCACCCGUUUUUUGUUUUUUUUUCUCUUUUUAUCUCCGUCUCUCGCUUUUUUUUUUACUUCUCUCUCCGUCACACGCUUUUUGUUUUUCUCUUUCUCAUGCUUUUUCUUCUUGUCUUUUUAUCUCCAUCUUUAGCUUUUUGCGUUUUGAUUUUUAUUCUUUUUCUCCUGCCUCCCUUUUUUUUUUUUUCUCCUCUUCUCUCUCUCUCUUUUCUCUCUCUCUCUCUCUCUCUCUCCUCCUUACUGUAA